AUGGACCUCCUGGCGCUGGCCACGGCCGAUGCGCUAGAGUGGCGGCCCGACGGCAAGCAGCUGGCGGUUGGGCUGGAGGAUGGCACAGUGCUGCUGCUUAACACGGAGGACGGCGAGGUGCAGCACAAGGCGCAGCUGGUGCCUGACAGCGCAUUGGUGGCCAUCAGCUGGACAGAGGCGGCGGAACAGUGCGGCGGCAGCACCGCCAGCUCCGCUGAUGCAGCAGCGACUGCCAGCAGCCAGCUGAGCGAAGAUCGCGCGCGUCGCAUGUUUGCGCCGCCCCCGCCGGCAGCGCCGCCCGCCGCAGAGCGGCUGGCUGUGGGCUACUCCACAUUGGGCAAGCGCAGCACCUGCUGCCUGGCUUGGCCGCCCGAGCCCACCCGACUGGCUGUGCUGGCCUGCGCCUCGGCAGCGGGGGACGUGGUGCUCUGCACCUCACGCCUGUUCCCGCUCGGCGUGCUGCAGCUGCCAGGCCUGCUGGGCUGCAGCGAGGUGGCGGUGCUGCGCCUGGCCACCGCCCCCAGCCUGCAGCAGCUGACCGUAUGCUGGCGCGACGACAGCGCCGGCGCUGCCGCUACACUACGCCUCUCCAUCAUCAGCAUGCAACACGUGGGGCUCCAUGCGGUGCAGCUGCACCGGCUGGCGGCUGAGGCUGCCCAUGUGGGCGCGCUGCUGGAGGGCUGCCAGGCGAGCUUCCAGGCGGCCUGUAAGGAGUGGCAGGCAGGCAUGCACGAGUGCAACAACAGCCGUGGCCGCCUGGCGGCUCUGAUGAGCGACUAUGGCAGCAGCGGAGAGCCCGCCGACGAGCUGCAAUGCCUGUUGGCCACUGGUGCCGUUGGUGGCGCACUGCAGCAGUACAUUACAGCCACUCUUGGUGAGGCUGGCCUGAAGAAGCUGGCCCGCGCCGUCGAUGCCGCGGUGUGCUCGGUGCACAACCUGCUCAGCGACCACCUGCAGCCGCAGCUGGAGCAGGUGGCAUUCAGGCUAGGGGAGCUACGCGGCCUGGCGCUAUGCCUGCCAUGGCGGCAUAUCACAGGGCUGCAGCCAGAGCAGGUGGCAGCUGCAGAGCAGAUGGCGCUGCGGUUGGUGCUGCUGGCAGAGACUGUACGCCGGCAGCUGGUGCAGGCAGGAGCGCAGUACCGGACUUUCUUUGCCUGGCUCCUCAUCGUGCUGAGAAGGAUGCAGGAGGAUGCACCGGAUGUGCUGGUGGGGUACCCACGUAGCCAGUUGGAGGCUGUGGAGGUGUUUUUGGCAGGGCAUUAUCGGCAAGAUGAGGUGGGUCCCUUGUUGGGCAUUGAUAGCAGCGGCGGCACUCAUCGCAGCAAUGGCGGGAGCAGCACCCUGGGCGCUAGCAGACCUGCAGCAGCGGCAGAGGCGGCUGCUUCCGGUGGCAUGCUGGAGCUAGUGAUGGAAGUGCUUGGCAGGCAGGCGGUGGUGCAGGCAGCAGACUCGAGUACUGGCGCCACUCCUGGCGGCAGUGGCAGCGGCGGCGAGAUGGCCAGCAGCGGCAGCAGCAGCAAUAACGGCCAGAACAGCCUGGGAUGCUUGCUGGACAGCUUGAACGCAGCGUGCUUGGUGGCGUUUGGGGGGACGUCGGAGGUGGUCAGCCCAACUCUGGGGCUGAGCUCCAGCGUCAGCCUGGGCCCAGUGCCCAGCGCCUUGACGGCGUCCUACCUACCUGGCAGUGCCACAGCAGCGACUGCAGUGGCCUGGGAGGGGCACCCUCAGGUGCUGGUGCUGCGGGGUGCAGAUGGCGGUGAAACGCCGGGCUUGGAGGCGGCUGUGGUGCAGCUGCCAGGCAGUACGGUGGUGGCGGACCUCGCAUUCUACAAGGACGGCCAGCUGGCGCUGUUGUUAGCUCCCACCAGUGCAGGUGGCGGUGGCGGUGGGCAAGGCGGGUGCCGCCUGCUGCUGCUGUCCCAGGACCGCCUGCAGUAUGUGCAGCUGCCAGGCGAGCUGCUGGCUGACUGCGAUGCGCAGCAGCUGUGCCAGAUGAUGCUGGAGGGCGCAGGUCUGGCUGCUGCUGGGCGGUCGCUGCUAGAUGACUGCCGCCAGCGCAGACUGCCCUAUCCGCGGGUGCAGCGGCCCCUGGCUGUCAGUGCCAGCCGCGGUGUGGGCUGUGUGCUGGCGGGUACACAGCGCGUGCUGCUGUACGAUUUGGAAGAGGAGGAGGAGGAAGAAGACGACGGCGAGGGUGCUAGUCCUGGUGAUGCGCUGGAUGGCGGCGACAGCGGCGCCGGUUUUGAUUCGCCCAGAUGA